CUCAGAGUAGUAAGUAGACAGACACAGACCACAGUAACCACAGCAGCCACAGCAGCCACUGUUCUUUUGGAUCCCCAUACCAUAUCGGCGGUCCUCUUGACCUGCAGCUCAUUUAGAGCUCGACGCUACCGAUCAUUCACCACCAUGCGGGUCAUUUUCCGUGUCAGCGGCCGGCUACAUGACAGCUUCCUGGAUCACCUUGCCUGUAACGAGGAACCCGUCCGUGGAGUUCACAUGUUUAGUCGUCAGGCGGCUCCACUCAGCCCAGCUUAUCCCCUUUCGUCCAUUUCCUUACAAGAAGCUCCCACUCCCACGCGUUGCUGUCCCUCUUGCAGAAAGCCUGCGUCUCCAUGCCGGCCUACUGUCUUCAGGACUGUCACUACUUCUACCGCAGUGCCUUGCGGCUACUCAACAUCAGCACCAGCAUCUCUCCCCUCUACGCUUGACUGACAAACCACCAUGGCAGCUCGCACCUUUACGCAGCCCUCCUCUUUGAACGAAUCACUGGCCACCGCCACCAUGUCUAGCACACAAGAGAACGGCGCGGCCCGCUCUAUGGAAGCAGCGAAGGACGCCCAAAAAGCCUUCUCGUCG